UCGUACGUGGUCGUUGCACUGUAAUAUUUGGAGUCGGAUUCCUGGGGGAAUCUGGACCGAACGCACCGAUUGUCGAUGGUAUGAAAAUCCUCAGCUUGUAUUGUUUCGCUAACUCGAUAACGUUGUGCAUUCCUGUCACACACAGAUAUAUCUAUGAAUCACAGAGAGUACGCGAUAUCAUCUAUCGCAUUCCAACAAUUGCUUGUCCACUUUCUCUCCCGAACACUUUCUUCCCUUCGCGAGUGCGUUAGAAUUAUUAUAAUGACAAAUUCACUCGUCGACACAACAUUCCAUUUCACUUGGACGCAGUGCGCAGAAAGCUAAACAUCUCAUGCGAAAAACUUGCGCCUUCUAUUAAGUGAAGCAAAAAAGUACAAAAAAGUAUUUUCCUAUAAAUAAUAAGAUAUCAAGGAAGGACACAUAUUUCUAUGCUUUGAGUAUUGCAAAUUGUAAAUCUACUAUACAUUAAGAACGAGUAAUUUUAUUGAAAAAGAAAAGUAAAGAGGAGGAAUUUAAUACUUCUUCGCUGGUGGUUGAUAAACAACUGGUGCCUUGAGCAAUAUUUCUUAUAUCACAACUUGUUUUCAAAACCAGUUAGAACGGAUGCUGCGUGAUCGAUUUCUUCUAUUCAACAGGGGUGCGUUCGAUCCUCGUUGCUUUAUCAGGUGUACGAAAAGGAAAAUGAAAGGAAGGAGAUUUUUCAUCGACGCCGAAUUACAUUCGGCGAUCGGUGAGAUUCGUGGGGAAAGGGAAGAAUUUCCUGGAAGCGUGUCUUCAUGGUAGCUGGACACGCGCUUCGCAAUUCUCUUUGCGUCCCUUCACCCGCGCCAUCGUCAUCUUCUCCCCUCAAGUUUGUGUAGACCACCACGCUUUUGCGAAUAGCUUCUUCGGCACAUUUAGUGUGUGCCCGUAACGAGAUCACGAAGAGUCGCAUUCGUGACCGGGAGACAGUGUUAAAAACGAAGUGGUAAAAUAAGUCGGUUACGCACCCCUCGAAAUAGAAAAUAUUUGUAUAGAAGAUCAAGAAGAUUAAGUGGGAAUACUACUUUUUUUCGUGAAUUUUGUUCUUGCUAAUAGAAAAACAUAGGAUUCUUCAGAAUUUUACAGAAGUAAGACAUUAGUUUGGCGAACAGAAGAAAAUGCGGAACUGUUGCUCGUAGACUACGGUCCAAAUGCGCGAUGGUCAGGUCGUCGGAAGGCGGUGGACUUCUGAUAGUCGGUUGGCUUCUGGCACUUCGUUCCAUUGGUGUCGGUGCCCAGUUAGAUUCCGAUUACGGAUGUCCACCUCAGGAGAGGAUAUUGCCAUGCCGAUGCUCGACGCGCGAUAUGGAGAUUCAGAUAUGGUGCAGCCAUAGCGAGUUACCAAAAGUGCUAGGAGGUCUGAAGGCGGUGAGUCACUACAUGGACCAACCAGUGGACGAACUAAUCUUGGAGAACAACAAUUUACCUAGUCUACCCGGUAAGGUGUUCGCGUCCUUGCGAGUUUUACGCCUCAUGCUGCGGAAUAAUCGACUCGAGAGGGUGUCGUCCGGCUGGCUAGACGGUCUGCAUGAUUCCCUAUUAGAACUAUUUAUCGUUGAGCCCGAUCUACGGUCUCUGCCUGUGGAUAGCCUGGAGAAUUUGCAGGGUCUCGAAGCAGUGACGUUGCAGAGUCGCGUGAUGAGGCGAUUGCCCAAGUUCACCGGUUUGCCGAAGUUGAGAUACCUGCAGAUCAAUUCCCCAGCCUUGGUGGAACUCGCCCCGAGGAACUUUAAAGAUGUUCCCAAUCUGGAGCAGUUGCAUGUAUUCGGCAGUCCGAACCUGAGGAAACUGGAGGCUGGCCUCCUCCGCGGUUUACCUCGAUUAGAAUUGAUCAACAUCACUGAUUCCGGGAUUAACUGGAUUCAUCCACGUGCUGUGAUCGAUUUGCCGGAACUCAGGGAGAUAUCGUUAAUCGGAAAUGAAAUAAUCGACGCAAGUAUAGUCGGUCGAGCAUGCAUGGAUCUUCCAUCGUUGUCAGUGAUACGUUUGGAUCGAAAUCGCAUUAAUCGUCUCGGCGAGGGCUCCUUCGUCGACCUCCCAGUCUUAUCGCGUAUUUAUCUGUCGCGCAACGGUAUUACGGAGAUAUUCGCUGGGGCUUUUCAACGUAUGCCGGCUCUCAAAUCCGUAGAUCUGAAUCACAAUUUAAUCCAUCGCAUUCAUCCGGAAUUCUUUCCGCAUCGAAUAGGAAACGUAUUAGAAGAGAUGUGGCUAAUUAACAAUGACCUUAGCCACGUGGCCGAAAUACGAUCGGUGCUCGAAGCUCUGCCAAGGUUGAAAUUUUUAGACGUCAGUCACAAUCAGCUAGAGGAAAUACCCUUCGGUGCUCUAAGAGGCCAUCCCACCUUGGAAAGACUCCAUCUCAAUCAUAACAGGCUGGCAGUUUUGCAGAGAGAAACGUUCGCGGCGAUGCCAGCACUCAGGGAGCUCAGACUGAAAAAUAAUUCCUUGUCGAAUCUUCUGGAAGCUCCUUUCUGGAAUCUGCCAGCUUUAAAAGGUCUGGAUCUAUCGGAGAACUAUUUCCGUCACAUAGAAUCGCGUUUGUUCGAUAAUCUGCCGAAUCUUAGACGGCUAGACCUUAGUGGUAACGCCAUCGGACUCAUCGAACCUGAGUCCUUUCUCAACACCCCGGCGUUGGAACACAUCAACGUCUCCAGAAAUGCCCUGUCUGUUCUUCAUCCCUUGACUUUUCAACAUCUGACGAAUCUGUACGAGCUGGAUGUCGGCUGGAAUCGUAUGCUGGAAGUGGUCCCUGGUCUACCGAAGGACAUCGAGCACCUUCAUAUGCCCAUGAACCGUAUCGUUACUCUACCAGCCAUAUCCUCUCAAGAUCUAGCUCUACCUGCCCUACGAUCACUGGAUUUAAGCGCGAAUGGAAUCGAGACAAUUUCGCCCGGCACAUUAGUUGACUUAUCGAACUUGAGAAAAUUGUGUCUAGGCUAUAAUACUCUAAGAAUUAUAGACGACGGCGUUUUCGAUGGACUCUCGAGAUUGGAGCAACUGGACUUGAAAUAUAAUCAACUGCGCACAUUGCAUGGACGAAGUUUUCGCCCUUUGAAAUCGUUGAUGGACGUAAAUCUUCGAGGCAAUCGAAUGGAAGUUCUACGACCGGAUAUAUUUCAAGAGAAUACAAGAUUACAAAGGAUUGAUCUAAGCAGAAAUAAUCUCGCUCAAAUUCCUCACGCGACCUUUGCCAAUACUAGAGACCUUCGUGAACUAUACGCCUCGCACAAUACUUUGACCGAGUUACCCGGAUCGCUGCACGGCUUAACAGUUCUUCGGGUCCUCGACUUGAGCUUUAACAAACUAAACAUUCUAUCGCCGGAAAUAUUAAGCAGCCUUUCGUCCUUACUUGAGCUGAAACUCGUCAGAAAUCAUAUACGAGAAUUGCGGGAGGGUGCGUUCGACGGGUUGCCACGGCUGUCUCUGAUCGAUCUCGAAGAUAAUGAUCUCAGAGUGAUCGAAAGGAAUGCCAUCAGAGCCUUACCGGAACUACAGGCUGUCAGACUCGGCAGGAAUCGAUUGCAGUCUAUCCCAAGUGGCGCUUUCACCGAACUACCGUUACUACAAAGUACGGAAUUACAAGAAAACUGGAUUCAGGAAAUCGCUAAUAAUGCCUUCAUUAACGUGCCACACUUGCUAUUCCUUAAUCUAAGUCAUAAUAAUCUGCCGGGAUUGGAGUACAUUGGCUUGGAGAGUCUACGUUCGUUAGAAGUCCUCGAUCUCAGCUACAAUCGUUUAUCGAGAGUUUCAAGCGACAGUCUGGCAUCUAUGGAAUGGCUAGUAGAAUUAAAGAUGGACAACAAUCGGAUUUGUGCCGUGCACGGAUCGCCUUUCGAUGAUAUGCCGAGAUUACGAGUGCUGAGCCUACGAAGCAAUCGGAUGACCGCGGUUUCCGAAAACGCUUUCAAGAGAUUAAGAUCGAACAUUGCUGUCCUGGAUAUCGACGGAAAUCCAUUAUCCUGUUCUUGCGGCAUGCUUUGGCUACGAGGAUGGCUCCAACAAGCUUCCUCGGAGGGUCCUAGAUGCGCCGACGGCUCUCUCUUUAGGGAAUUGAGAUUAUCGCGUCAAGAUUGUCAGCGGGAGAGAUACGUUGAACCGGUCCAUCCAGCAUGCGAAUCCGAAAUGAUUAACGUUGCAACGCCUUCGGUUUCUUCAUCUGCAUUUGGAGUUACAGAGACAGUACCGUUAUGGCUGAAUCUAAAGGACUCGACCCAGAAGCCUUCCGUUUCCCAGGAUACUGACUACAUGAUGUAUGAAUAUCUGGACAAUCAGGAUAACGAAAACGACACAAACAUAUUCACAUCGCCAUCCAGCGUGUCUACUCAGACCAUCAGCGUACCUACUCAGACCGUAAAUAUCAUUCAUCCACCAUUGCAAACGCAGAAGCAUCAGAUUCAGAAGAAUGAAACGUCAUCAAUGAAGAAGAAGCCCAUGAUGCCACCGUCACCCAGUAGCUCUGGCUUCACUUUUUUUGGUGUACCUCUGCCGAGCAUGAGUUUUGAUUUAUGGGGAAAUUCAAAGAGAAAAGCCGAGAGGAAAGAGUCCUCGAUGACACCGAAUAGGCCCAGCCGAGGACGUUACAGAUCUUUUCCGCCCACAGAACCAGAAAUUCAUAGAGGUGGCUUCGUGCCGUUGCCGCGUGCACAGAGUGGAUUCGUGCCGAUUGCCGAUCCUAGAUUGAUGUACGAGAAACACGAGACGAAGCGUGAGAAUGUCUCAAAGUCAUUGAACGCAAGCAGUACGCCGAUGCAGAUGUCGGAGGAGCGUCCACGGAAAAGCGCAAACAGCACUAUCACUAGGGUGGAAAAGAUUGUUUCCAGGACUGGGAAACCUCGGACGAAUCUCCGGGAACGAGAGGAGUUAUCCACUGUACCAACAUUCAAUCGAUCAACCGAUUCGAGUAACUUCAAUUCUCGCAAGAUUUUGCCUGACAUCAAUAAGAUCAACUCUGACGCAUUCAACGCAACGAAAAGUAGUGCAUCGAUAAUCGUGGAGGAAUCGUCACAGGAAACUCUUGAAACGUCAGUGUCCACUGAGAUUUAUGACGACGAGAGUCUAAAGGUAGAAGAAGAUUCGGAAGAAGAUAAAUUUAUCGAGAAACCGCAAGUGGAAAUCGCCAGUAGAAUAAUUUGGACCACACCCAAAACGAUAACAAUCGAAACGAGAAAAACAAUUAUCAAAGACGUUGUAACAGCAGCAAUGGAGGUGAUACCAUCGCAAGAAAAUAGCACGAAAGAUUGGGACAUUGAGAUAUCCGAAUAUGAAAAGAAUUCAACUCGAUUGGAUACUACGACUGACUCUUACGAUGAAUCUGACAAUCCGCAAGUGGCAAAAACAGAUGCACCGCAUUUCUCUUUAUCCACGACGUUAUUCUCCAUAUCGAAUCCGCGCCCGAGAGAAACCACAACUAUGACUACCCGAGGCACGUCCGCUUUAUCUGCACUUUUAAUCCCGGGAGGACAACUACCGUCUUCAGGGCCUGUAGGAAACUUGCGUCCACUCGGUAGAUCUACGAUAACCAAGGUCGCUUCGCCGUAUCUUAGUCAUAAUGCCGAACAAUUGCGGGAGAGACAGAAAUCGAUUGCUGCUCAGAGAAGCGCCGAGGUCGUCGACCACACGACAACUGAAAUUCAAAACGAAGCGUUCGUCAUUGAUGAAAAGGCCAAAGUGAUAGACGAUAGUCCUCUCAGCUGGUACUUCCAACAUUAUAAUGAUACAUAUUUGGAACCUUAUAUAGGUAUAGCUUAUAGCAAUACCGCGAAAAUCGAUGUGUAUCCAUGUUUAUUUUUGCUCGCUUUUAGAAUCUUAAUUUAGAAAGAGAUUUGGAAUUCGUAGAGAGAAAUUUAUAGAUGAUUUUUAUCAAUAAACAAAUUAAAGAGAAUUCAUAAAAGAUAACAUACAUUGUAAUAUCUCUUGACGAAUAUGCGCGAGUGUUUUUCAGAUCAUAAAUCAUACAUAAGCAUAUUGUAAGAAUAUGUGCGAUGUAUACAAUUGAACUACAUAUGUAUAUCUAUAUAUAUUUUGUUCGAGAACCAUUAUAUGUACAAAGAUCACGCUCAUAGGUGUAUUUGCG